CCGACGCGCAGCUAACCUGCACCGAAGCUCGGCUAGCCGCUUAGCUACGAGCGGCGGACAUGUUGUUCCAACCCUCGCUGGAAUAAACGUCUUGGGCAGCAGGUGCGAACAGGGGAGACCUCUGUGGCGGGGGGCUCUGGACCACCAUGGACGCCGUCAACGCCUUCAACCAGGAGUUGUUCUCCUUGAUGGACUCUAAGCCGCCGAUUUCUCGCGCCAAGAUGAUCUCUAUCACCAAGUCGGCCAUCAAGGCUAUGAAACUCUACAAGCACGUGGUACAGAUUGUGGAGAAGUUCAUUAAAAAGUGUAAGUCUGAGUACAAGGUGGCGGGCCUGUAUGUGGUGGACUCCAUCGUCCGCCAGUCACGGCACCAGUUUGGCGCAGACAAGGAUGUUUUUGGACCCCGCUUCACCAAAAACAUUGUGGCCACCUUCGAGAACCUCUGCCUUUGCCCCCUGGAGGACAGAAGUAAGCUGGUACGUGUACUGAACCUAUGGCAGAAGAACGGCGUGUUCAAGAGCAACGUUAUUCAACCCCUCCUGGACAUGGCCGCCGGCGCCAGUAGCGGCGGCGGGCCUUGCGCCGAAGAUCCGGGUUCCUCCCCUUUGACCCCGACCAAAGACCACGUGGUGAACUCUGCCGCGGCGCCGCUGCAAAAUCAGGACCCCUUCACCGCUGUGGCGCAGCUCUUCCAGUCCACGCAGAAUCAACAGCUGCAGCAGAUGCUUCAGAACUUCCAGCAGCAGCAGCAGCAGCCCGUCCAAGCGGAACCCGGCCCCCAGCCUCCACCCGCCCCGAGUGUCGCCCCGGUUUUCAGCACCACUCUGCCGCAUCCUAGCCAGGCCGCCCAGCAGAAAGCGGCGUUCGACAAGACGUUGUUGGAUCGUUUUGACUACGACGACGAGCCGGAAGCCGCAGAGGACGCCAAGGAUGACGGCCCGCAGUCCUCCUUCAGGCAGCAGCCUCCAGCCUUCCAGCCGCCCAUGAUGAACAUGACUCAGGACUUCUCGCAGCAGGGUCCUCUCCCCCCUAAUGGCCAGCUCCCGGCUUACGGUCUAAUGCCAGGACAAAGCUUCCAGGGAAUGACACCUCAGAUGGGCCAAGUUGCUCCGGGUCAGCCCUUCCCUGGCUUCCCUGGAGGUUAUCCCCCUCCUCACUCGACCCAGCAACAGCAGGAUUCGACAGUCAAUGCCGAGCGUUCCUCCAUGAGGGACGGCAGACAUGGUCACACGUCACGUUCAGGCUCCAGGUCCCCGAAGAGAAGGCGAUCGCGGUCCAAUUCCCGCACACGCCGCACCCGUCACCGGCGCUCGCGCUCCCGUGACCGACGCCACCAUUCCCCGCGCUCACGCUCGCAGGAGCGCCGGGAAAGGGAACGGGAGCGAGAGCGGCGACAAAAAGGUCUCCCGCCGCCCAAGAGCGAGACGCUGAGCAUCUGCAGUACGACUUUAUGGGUGGGCCAGCUGGACAAGAGGACUCAGCAGCAGGAUGUGGCCAACCUGCUGGAGGAGUUCGGACAGAUCGAGUCCAUAAACAUGAUCCCUCCGCGGGGCUGCGCCUACAUCGUCAUGGUCCACAGGCAGGAUGCCUUCAGAGCUCUGCAGAAGCUCAGUCGAGGCUCCUUCAAAGUCAACCAAAAAGCAAUCAAGAUUGCGUGGGCUCUGAACAAAGGCAUCAAGGCUGAUUUGAAGCAGUUCUGGGACGUGGAGCUGGGCGUCACCUACGUGCCUUGGUCCAAAGUCAGGGAGGAGCAGCUUGAGGAGCUCAAGGAAGGAGGAAUCCUGGAUGGGGACACGUUAGCGCCAGACUGGAUUACUGCCAGGAAAGCUCUGGAGAACCCACAGGUGCCCACCCACAAUGGUGGUGCUGAGUCGCAGCAGCCCGAGGACGCCCACUUGAUGGCUCCUCAUCCUCCUACACAGGUUCCCCCGAUGCUCGGCAUGAGCUCGGUGCCGCCGCCGGGCUUUCCCGCCAACAUGAGCAUGCCGCCGCCUUCCUUCCCGCCUGGCAUGCUCCCGCCACCGUUCAUGAGACCAGGCUUCAACCCCAUGCAGAUGCCUCCAGGUUUCCCCCCACCGGGUCCCAUGCCUCUCUCCAUGCCGCCGCCGCCACCCUCCAAAGGGGAUGACAUGCUCAGCAGAAAACAUGACGAGGUCCCGGACGCUCCCCAUUUCUUCAACAACCAGAUGGGAGCCAUGUCAGGUAACCAGGCAGGCGCACCCCCAGCUGGCGGCAUCCAGCCCCCGACAGGCGGUCUGCUGGGGGCCCGGCCCGGUAUGAUCCCGCUUCAACGCCCACCGGGCCCUCCUCUGCGCUUCCCGCCACCGCCCGUCCCACCUCAAAUGAUUCCCAGGGGGUCCCACCCGCCCCUCAUGCGCCACGAUGCCCCUCCGCCUAAAGGAGCCUUCGGGAUGCCCCACAGCAUGAGACCACCCUUCCCGCCUCACGGUCCGCCCCCUCAAGGUCCGCCCCCUCAAGGUCCCCCACAUCAAGGUCUGCCUCCUCAGGGUCCACCCCCUCAAGGUCCCCCUUUGCCCCCGUUCAUCAGACCCGGAGCCCCGCGUGAGGACGAGGACAGCCGCCCUUUUCGGGGCGAGCGCCCGGGCUAUAUGGAGGCGGAGCCAGACAGGGAGCGAGGGUUUGGCGGCGCGGCAAGGCGCCCGUUUGGCGGAGACCGCCCGGACACGAGGGACAGACUGGAUGGUAGUGGAUGGAAUAGAGACUGGCGAGAUCGGGAGAACGGCAGCAAGGAGGCCCAGGAAAAAGGCAAAGAAAGCGAGCGGCCCAAGCGGCGUGAGAGGGCCAGCCGGUGGGACCGCGACGACCGCUUGGCCGACCUGGAGAAAAUGGACAAGCUCCGGACCUUUGACGCAGUUGCCACGGAAACAGCCCAACGAAUCCAAAAGACUGCUGAGUCGGCGCCUCCUGCUGCCGAGUCGUCAAAGGCGGCGGCGUCCUAGUGUGCACCAGGUUUCCCUCCAGCUGCGACUCCACGGACUGUGACUUGAGCGCCUCAUGAACACAUUGCAUAAUUCCCCUUCCUGUACAUUGUGUGAAUGCAAGCAUGGCUGUUUUACUUGUGCUCCUUUCAUCUUUUACCUAUUUAAUCAAGACUGUAGAUUUAUUUUUAACUUCAUGGUUUGCAGCCACUCCAUCCCAAAGGACCGUUUUCAGUGUAUUUUUAGUCAUCUGCUUUAUUAUUUUUCAAUGGUUUAGGUUAGGGCUGCAACUAGCUCUUUUCAUAACAGAUUAAUGGAUGGAUCGGAUUAUAAAAAUCAACAUUUACUUCACUUCAGGAAUAUUUCAUAUUGAUAGUGCAGACAAUGCACGAUUGAAUUUGAUUGAUUCACUAAUUUACCUCAUAAAAUGUCAGAAAAUAGGCAAACAUUUCAACAGUUGUUUUCCAAAGUAAAAGCAUUUUGCAAAUUAAACAGGUAACAAGUCUGCUUGCAAGGACUGCAGAAAUCUGCUGAGCUGUAAAUGAUCAAAAUUGGCAUCCGUUUAGAAUACAGUAUGCAUGUUAACUUUUGACCCUCCUACUAUUGACGUGGUAAAGAAAGUAAAAAUGAUCGAAUAUCAAUCAUUUUUCAAGUUAUUCUAAAGUAGGCAGUUGCUGAUGUGUUUUUUUUCACCCUCACUUUUGUUUGUUUUGCAUUGACAAGCUACUGUAACAACUGUAAGCCCCGCCCCCUUACUUGAAUCAUUUGAAUCCCGAAGGAAAUCUGAGUGAAAUGACGACUCUGGCUCUCCACUGUAAAUAUGCUUUUCACUGUCACUAGCUCAGAGUUAUCAUGACUAUGCUCCUUGUUUGUCGACCCAAGAGCACAGCUUCGAAGGACCCAGAAGGAAUUGUGAAUUUGCUUCAACCUCUUUGGCUGUGUGAACGCUUUUGUUAACCCUACAAAAAAAGACACGGAUGUAAAAUGUUCAACAUUUCAGCCACAAAAAUGUGUUUUUAAUAAACUAUUUUUGUACCAAA